GCACGCUGACUGAAAAGCACAGUAGUGCUUUCUUUAUCUUUAUUUCAACCUAAAGGCAUUUUUUUUUUUUUUUUUAGAAGAUGGUGCUUUGCUCCAAUGGAGAUCCUGUGGAAUAUUUUUGCCAUCAUUUUUUUGUUGACCUGAUUUUAACUUGGUGCUAAACUUUUCUGUUUGUCGAUUAUCAAAGGGGCGGUCACAAUGGAGACUAAGAUACCCAAGCUGAAAGUGCUGAAAAAGCGGCGCUCCAGUCUUUUUGCAACUGUAAAACGAGAAGUUAGCUUUUCACAAAGCACCGAAGAACAGGAAUUUGAAUUCCCUUUUUCUCAGGACAGCUCAGUGAAACCAUGGACAUCUAUGGACAACCUUGACGCUCUUGAUGAGAACAUACCUGAAAAGAUGGAUCAGGACAAAAAAGCACCAAACCCAAGGAAACCAAACAUAGUUAAUCUGAAUGUGGGUGGGAAGGUGUUCCACAUCCCAAAACAUUUGGUCCUCCAAUAUCCAAAAACCAGGAUUGGAGUCCUUGCUCUCUGCAAUGAUCCAGUUAAGCGUCUGACGCUCUGUGACGAUUACAAUGUUCAGAACAACGAGUUCUUUUUUGACAGGGACCCCAUGUUUUUCCAUUACAUAUUCCACUUCUACUGCAGUAAUGUCCUGUGGGUGAUGGAUAGUCUUUGUCCUGUCAACUUUGAGGAAGAGAUUUCAUUCUGGGGCCUCAAACUGAAGGACACUCCAAGGUGCUGCCGUAUUCUGUUCGAGGAGAAGCUGGAUGACAUCAGAGACCAACUCAAGGUCAACAAGGAGCUGAUUGAUGAGAUUAAGCCACACCAGGACGACGAGGGCUACAAGGCCAUGUUUCUUGGAAACUUUCGGAAGGCCCUCUGGGACUUGAUGGAGAAUCCAUACUCCUCACUGGCAGCCAAAGCCUUUGCUGUGUUUUCCAGUCUCUUUGUGCUCAUCUCUAUCGUUGCCAUGACAAUGAAUACAGUCAAAGAACUCAGGGAGUACAAACUGGCAGGCAAAACCUACAUGGAGUGGGUAGAGAUUUGUUCCAUUCUCUUCUUCACUUUGGAGUACUUUUUGAGGUUACUCACCACAUCCAACAUCAAACAUUUUGUGAAGAGCGCCCUCAACUUUGUUGACGUGGUAGCCGUUAUGCCCUACUUUGUCCAGCUCAUUUUUGAGGCGUUUGUUAUCGACUCCGAAGACUUGGGCGCACAGGAAGACUUGAAAGCCAUGGCAAGAGUCAGUAAAGUCAGCAAGGUGCUCAAGGUCGUCAAGCUGAUGCGCAUCUUCCGUAUCUUGAAGCUUGCUCGCCACUCCACAGGCAUGAGGGCGUUUGGUUUCACCAUCCGCCAGUGCUCUGAGCAGGUGUGCUGUCUGUUUCUGUUCAUUGCCAUGGGCAUUUUCACCUUCUCUGCCCUGAUGCAUUCUGUGGAGGUGGAUCAGCCUGGAACUCCAUUCAGUAGCAUCCCAGACGCCUGGUGGUGGGCUGCGGUGAGCAUCUCUACUGUGGGCUAUGGAGAUGUCGUCCCUAUCUCCUAUCUGGGCCGCUGCGUGGCAUUUGGCUGCAUCUCCUUUGGCAUCAUCCUCAACGGCAUGCCCAUCUCCAUCCUGUUCAACAAGUUCUCCGACUACUACGCCAAACUGAAGGAACAGGAAUACACGUUUUCAAACACUGAGCGCACCUUCCAGCUGAAGAAACGCCUGAGGCGCAAGUUUGACCGCUGCUUCGCACCCCCGCCCGAGGACUCGGAUGACGAGAUACACUAUCGGCCCAGCGGAAUUACCCACGAGAUCGAGUAGUGAGAAAAACUGCCUAGCUGUGACCUCACUAACCCUAAAUGGCCUUAUCACCCAGGGGUCUCGAGAAAGUAUAAGACCCCAUCUGCCUCCAACCCUGAGACUACGUGAUUUCAGAUAGACAGUCUUACGGGGGAUGGAAGCAGCAAGUUGAGAUAAGCUCUAAGCCUCAGCUUUAUACUAACUACUGUUUGCACGCUACGGGUGACUAUUCCUCUUUCACAAACACAAGACACUUGCACUGGACAGCAUGUUAUGUGUCAUCAUGAAUAGCACCCGCCUGCACCUAAACAAAAUUCUGACUUAACAAAAAUAGAUGUUUGACACUAAAAGGUCAAGUAGCAAUAUUAUAAAUAUCACUUUAGGAGGUCUUGCUUGUAAAGAACUGUGUUCAUUGGAAGUGCUAUUAUUAUUAAUGAACUAUUUUGAAAAACUACAUAGUCGCUUACAUUUUACUUCCCAUUAUCCACACAAAAUAAUCAUAGCUCUGAUUUCUACCAGUCGCUCACAUGCCAUGUACUCAUUGUGUUCCACAUUUGCAGGCUAAGGGAAUAAAUGCAAUGAUGUCCAGUUACUCAGCAUAUAGUCUCUCCAGAUACCUAAGCGGGGCAAGAGGUGCAGCAGAGUGUGUGCUGGUGGUGAUCAAGAGCCACGGAGUAAUUUUGUUGUCAAGGAUUACCGGGAUUUGCGCACACGCUUCCUGCCUGGUCAGCGAAGGGUAAAUGUUAGCCAUGUACUGAGCUAUUUUGGUUUCGCAGAGAUUCAGAUCGGGCAUGCGCCAUCAGGUCAUCCUAAGACGAUUAAAAGCAGGUUUAAUGAUGGUUUCAGAUAAAAUACGUCCCUCAAAUAGGACCAGUUCCCUGUCUUGGUCUCAUAUAAUGAGAGUGCUUAUAAUUGCUAUCCGAAAUCAGUACUGGGCAUGAUCCCUGCAGGAAUGUCAGGAGAUGUCAGGAUCAGUCCUGUGGUCAAAGUCUCCUGGCACUAUCAGGGUAUCAGCGCGGCAGGAAGAUAAGUUCAUGCAUAACAUCCUCCCAACCAUCCUCAACAGACUUGUCACGGAAAUGUUUCUGUUGGUUGGGCUGCACUAGUUCCAAGGACCGAGUCUAAUAGAAAUAAGUUGUAUGACUUUUGUCAUCACAACUAAUACCAGGAACUAAACUCCAUGUUUAACUGUGCUGAUGCUGUGUUGUGCUGUCAAUCAUGAAAAGCACCCUGCUCACUCAUUUGAAACAUAUUUAAUUUUAUUUAGUCAUAAUUUUAUUUAAGUGCAAAAUAGCUUUUGAGGAUUUUUUUUUUUUUUCAGAAGAGUCCAAUGUAUGUUGACAUUCUUCUCAUAUUGCACAACAAUUCAUUAAUCAUUGAUUUAAUCAUUUCAGAGGUUGGGAUUGGAAAGGGCCAAAAACAUUUUCAGUUCAAUUGCUUCAUGUAUGUGGCUGUAUGAAUGUGCAAACACAAGUUGACAAGUAUGAGUUUCAUUACAAAGACUUUUCAGAUUAAUGAAUGAGAUUUUUCUUCUGCAAAUACUGUAAAAUACUGCACGAGUAAAUGAAACCAAAACACAAGUCUUACGAUAUGUACACGUUUUUCAGAUGUUUCUUGUUCAAUAAAAAUAUUGCCGUA